UCUCUUCUCUCGCCCCCCCUUUCUGCGGCGUGAGGUAAAGAAGGGAGGGAGGGGUGGUGGACACCCACGCGCACGCACAGAGCGAGCGAGCGAGGCCGAGAGAAAGAGGGAGCCGUUCCCUGCUUACCCGUCGUGCACUGCGAGGUUCCCUGGCACUGACGUGGCCGCCGGGAGCCGCCAUCUUGUGUGCCUGGGCGCAGUGAGGGAAAGAGAAGGGAGGGAAAAGGGAGGAAGAAAGAAGGUAGGCGGGGAGGAGGGGGGGAAGGAAAAGAGCAAAAAAAGAGAGAGAGAGAGAGGAGGAAAACGCAGGGAAGGAGCAGCCCCGGGUUCAAAGCAGCGAGGCAGACCGAGACGCCGCCCGAUUUCUUUGGCCAGUGAGUGAGCACCAGACUUAAGCAUGGGAAAUAUUUUCGCUAACCUCUUCAAAGGCCUUUUUGGCAAAAAAGAGAUGCGCAUACUUAUGGUCGGGCUGGAUGCUGCAGGAAAGACUACUAUAUUGUACAAACUUAAGCUUGGUGAAAUAGUAACUACCAUCCCUACUAUAGGUUUCAAUGUAGAAACUGUAGAAUACAAGAACAUUAGCUUCACAGUGUGGGAUGUAGGUGGUCAGGAUAAGAUCAGACCACUCUGGCGCCAUUAUUUCCAGAAUACACAAGGUUUGAUCUUUGUGGUUGAUAGUAACGACAGAGAGAGAGUCAAUGAGGCCCGAGAAGAACUUAUGAGAAUGUUGGCAGAAGAUGAGCUCAGAGAUGCUGUCCUUUUAGUGUUUGCUAACAAACAGGACCUGCCUAAUGCGAUGAAUGCAGCAGAAAUCACAGACAAACUAGGACUGCAUUCUCUUCGCCACAGGAACUGGUAUAUCCAGGCCACCUGUGCCACUAGUGGAGACGGUCUCUAUGAAGGACUGGACUGGUUGUCCAAUCAGCUCCGAAACCAGAAAUGAAGCCCUAAAAAUACUCUUCUUUUCCCUCUUUUCUCCACCCCUCCUUAUUUCCUCCUCUUCCUCCUCCUCCUCCUCCUUCACCCUUCGCUUUACUCUAACGUGGCAAACCAUGCUACUUUGUGGUAUUGAGUGCCGGAAGCUGUUUUCAUUUCUCUUGUCACAGGAUGUCCUUCACCAUGCUGUACAUGUGGCAAAUCCAAGCCUGAAAACAGUUUAGGUUUCUUAUUUAAUGUAAAUAGUUCUUGUUUCCAAUGAGACAGUUUCUGGUACUCCUAUGCAAUAUUACUCAGCUUUUUUAUUAUAAAGAAAAUCAACUCGCUGUUUAGUACCGGGGAAGGGAUUUGAAGUGGAUUCAGAGAAAAGUUGCCAGUUGUCUGGUUGUACACUAGAGCUGAAUACAAUCCCUCUUGGCUUGCGAGGUCUGUGGGGAGGCCAGAUUUGGUGGCUAUUUUUUAGCCUGGAGAUGUCAGUUUCUUUUUUAGAAAAGAAGGAAAGCUGAAACACUUGAACAAAAUGUCCAUUGUGAGUUCUGCAACAACUUGAAUACCAGCAAUUUAACAUGUUAUAGGUCCAUGGAAUGGGCAGCAUCCUGGAUCUUCCUGUGCUUGACAACCUCUUUUGUGUUUUUUGUGAAUGUGAGAUCUCCUAAAGUCAGAGUUCAGUUCAGUUCAGGCCACAGACUUAAGAGAAAUUGGCGCACGUAUAAAACACUAUGACCCUCUAGUGCUCUCUCAGAUUUUGGGCAAGAACGUUUUUCUCCUCUUGCGUCUAAUUUGGAUGCCAUCCUUUACCUGUUCCGUUGUCGCCCCCUCCCCAAGUGUUUUGGACUUUUCUCAUGUAGAACUACAGUACUCCAGAAGACAAAUUAUUUCCACAGAGUACAGCAGCCCAUAGCAGUGCUCAGCUCUGUCAUCAGCAAGUACUGUACUUAAGUAAGAAAUGCCAUCCAGGCCACCUAAUGUAAUGUUUAGGGGGGGAAAUACUAAAAGCAUGAGAGUUUGGAGUUUCAUUCCAUUCUAGAAGUGUUUGAUGCCAUUUUUUGGAACACUCCCAUAUCUGUAUAUGUGUGGAAACCCCUUCACAUCCCUCAUACUGCAAGGUUCAGAUUUGCCAUCAAGAAGACCUCUUAACUUUUUUUUUUCUUUUGUAUUUUGAUAAAACACUGAAGAAGCUGGAGCUGUUUAAACUUUAACUUGAGGAACUAUCAGAACUGGUUUGUUUAGUGUUGUGGAAAAUCUCUUUAUUUGCUUUCAAUACACAGUAAUCAACUGUUUUGUAUACUUGUUUUCAGUUUUCAUUUCGACAAACAAGCACUGUAAUUAAAGCUAUUAGAAUAAAAAUCUCUUAACUAUU